AAAUGUGCUGUGGUGACUAUAUGUUCUGAGUCUUCCGUACCCGAUGAACAAUUUAGAAGAUUAGUAUCAGUUGCGGACACGGUUAUCACACUUGAGACACAUGAAGGAGCCUGCGUAGCUGAUAUCAUGACGUAUAAGAAGAAUGGAAAACACGCAAACAUGAAGGAGACAUUCAAUAUAUCAGAAGAUAUGAAGAUAUCAAGUAAGAAGUUCGUUCCAUCUGAAUCCCUUCAAGCACAGUUGAGUAAUUCGAGACUUGAAGAUUUGGAUAUAGAACCUGAACUAGGAGAGAAAGAACGCGAUGCCAAGCAAAAUCUCAAUCUACCUUAUACUUCUGUUGCGAAACAGUCAGAUAAGACCAUAAUCUCAAGUUCGCGUUUUACGGCCGCUUUCUACGCGCAAGUAUGGCCGAAACUAGCCGAAGCGUCAGUUAAGCGCGGCUUGUCAUUGCUGUUUGGGAAAUAA